AUAAAACGGUGCGUAGCAAGAAGGCGUAGUGUUUUUCUAGAGAGAGAGAAACCCCAAACAUAAAGUUAGAGAGAGAAAAGAAAUGGUGAGAGGAAGCAUAAAGCUUCUUAAGGAUGCUGGGUCUGGACUCAGCAAAACCCUAGCUGACAUACUCGUCUGCCCACUUUCUAAGCAACCUCUAAGGUUUUGCGAGCAAACAAAUUCCCUAAUUAGUGAUGCAAUCGGUGUUUCCUUUCCUAUAAAGGAUGGGAUACCUAGCUUAGUACCAACAGAUGGCAAGACACUCGAGGCGGAUGAGACAAUAAAAACUGAAGAUUCUGAAGAAUCAUCAGACAAGCACGAAGCAGAUGGAAUAGGCAGUCACUAGGUCGAAUUGUGAAACUUAUGGUAUUGUCCCACAGAGUUACUGUUGUGGGAUUUAUUGCAAAUUUACUCGUAUGUGCCUCCUCUUGCUAAUCUCUUUUAAGCCUUUUGUUGAACCAAUUUGUUCAUGCGUUGGCAGACGGGAGGUCACAUCGUCAAGUGUUCUUUAUUCAAUUUGUGAGGAAUUGCCUGAUAAUUCAUGUAUGGCUUGUUACUCAGUGCCUUUUGAAUGAUUAUGUGCUUUAUUAUCUGAGAGGAAUUCUUCUAGAGAGGUUCUCUGAGAUUUCUUCCGAGAUGAAAAUUAUACUGAGUUGUCACUCAAAAAUAAACGUUGAGCUGAAUAAAUUCAUGCAUCGCUUCCAUUUGCGGAUGUAUACUUUUA